AUGGUUCGCGUCUUUAUUACCGGCUCCACCGAUGGCAUCGGCCAAGCAGCUGCCAAAAUUCUCAUCGACCAGGGCCAUGAAGUGACCCUUCAUGCACGAAACGCCGAUCGAGCGGCUUCUGUUCAAGCAGCCUUGCCAAAAGCCAAACAAGUUCUGAUUGGAGACCUCAAGUCCAUUGCAGAAACCAAACAGCUCGCACGGGAUGCGAAUGCCGUUGGGCCUUUCGACGCCAUCGUUCACAAUGCAGGAAUCGGAUACGGCUCGACAUCAUCCAAAGAGGUGACAGCAGAUAAAAUUUCAGCCGUAUUUGCGGUAAAUACUCUGGCGCCAUAUAUUCUUACAUGUCUUAUGGAGAAGCCCACUACGCGCCUUCUCUUUAUGAGCUCCGAUAGCCACUGGGGCGGAGAUGGCUCGCUUCGCAACGCAGAACAUUCAAACUCCUACGGUAAUAGUAAGCUCCAUGAUGUAAUGCUUGCUAAAGCAUUCGCAAGGAGAUGGGAUGAUAUUCAAAUCAUCAGUAUGCAUCCUGGGUGGGUGAGAACCAAGAUGGGUGGUAUGGCUGCUCCAGGGAGCGUUAGCACAUCAGCAAAGGCCCUGGCUGGCUGGUGCAGUGGUGAAAGCCCCUUGGCCAAGGUCAAAAGCGGCGCUUUUGUUACUACUGGAGGGGAAAGUUCGCCGCAUUCGGGGUCUGAAGUUGUGGAUAAACAAGAAGAGCUUCUCGACAUUUGCAAGAGAAUUUCCAACUGUUUUGUCCCAGGGGAGAACUGA